AUGGAAACCAACGGUGACUCGAUCGGAGUCAGUAAGCACCCACCGACGGAUGGGCCGGAAAUGGUGGAAGAUGACGGCACCAAGGACAACGACGUCGCAACAGAGGACACGAUAACGAACACAGAAGCAAACGAGUCGGAACCGUUGGAGGAGAUCAAGGAAACAGCGACUCAGCCCAUCCAUGAGUCGACGGAUGAAGACAAACCAUUAGACACUGCGCCGGAUGUUGUGGCUGAAGAGAUGGCCGAAGAGCGUCGUAGUCGUAGUGGCAGCCGUAACAAAAGCCAAUCUCCUGCACCGCCCCGCAGCCGUAGCGGAUCCCGGGCCAGCAGUACCGGGUCACAAGGAGACCAGCAGCCGGAACGUCGUAGUCGUAGCGGAUCGGUCGCAAGCGAGACCGGUUCGCGGAAAAGCCGCAGCGCCUCUCGUCAGAGCCGCCGUUCAGGUAGCGCCAGACGCAGCCGAAGCCGCUCUGGUAGCCGUGUUUCCUCGCACAGUAACGGAAGCCAUCGACAAGCACGUUCUCGGUCUCGUUCCCGAUCCCAGUCACGGUCCCGUUCUCGAUCCCGUUCUCGGUCCCGCUCCCGUUCUCGUUCCCGCUCCCGUUCUCGUUCCCCCUCCCGGUCUCGUUCACGUUCCGGAUCGGGUUCGCGCUCCCGGUCACGUUCCGGGUCCGGUUCCCGACACUCACGAUCCCGAUCUCGAUCCCAUUCACGUUCACGAUCCCGUUCCGGAUCUGGUUCGCGAUCCCGUUCCGGUUCACGAUCGCGUUCCUGUUCGCCUUCCCGCUCGCUGUCCCGUGCCCGCUCUCGUAGCAGCUCGCUAACGACCACGGUAUCGAACACGACGAAAUCCAAGUCUAGAAGCCGCAGCAACAGCCGCAGUGUAAGUCGUAGCCGUAGCCGUAGUCACAGUCGGAGUCGGAGUCAUAGCCGGAGCCGUAGUCGUAGCCGCUCGUGGCGGUCGGUUUCACGCACUCGUAGCCCAUCUAUGGCUGAGGCACAGCAGACGGAGGGCGCAACAAGCACUUCACUCGGGGCCAAACACAUAAAGCCACCGAAGCGCACUUCGCUAACGGAUGAUGACGACGAAACCGAGGCGGAUGCUGGAACUGAACAGGAUCAAGAUAAUGCGGGUGAGGCAGCAGAGGGCGCAGGUCCUACCGGUGGGGAAAGAAAGGAUAUUAUAGACUCCGACGAUGAUGGCUCUGAGAGAGGCCAGUUCAUGUCGGACUUCGACAUCAUGCUGGCGCGCAAGAAGGAGGAAAAAUCGCGCCGUCGCAAACGCAACGAUAUCGAUCUGAUCAACGACAACGACGAUCUGAUCGCUCAGCUGCUGCAGCAGAUGCGCGGUGCGGCCGAGCAGGAUCGCCAGCUCAACCAGGAUGGGAAACCGGCCACGAAAAAGAUCGCCAUUCUGAAGCACGUGAUGUCGCAGCUGAUCAAGAAGGAUCUGCAGCUGGCGUUUCUCGAGCACAACGUGCUAAACGUGCUGACUGAUUGGAUCGCACCGCUGCCAAAUAAGGCGCUGCCUUGUUUGCAAAUUCGCGACAGCAUCCUGAAGCUGCUGUCGGAUUUUCCCACGAUCGAUAAGUCCUACCUGAAGCAGUCCGGGAUGGGCAAAGCGGUGAUGUAUCUUUACAAGCACCCAAACGAGACGAAAGCUAACCGCGACCGGGCCGGGCGGUUGAUAAACGAGUGGUCACGUCCUAUAUUUAACCUCAGCACCGAUUUCAAGGCGAUGACCCGCGAGGAACGCCAACAGCGCGAUCUGCUGCAGAUGCCCCGGAAGCGCAAAUCCUCACCGGAAUCGGCCACGUCGGCAAGCAAAAACCAAAAGGGACUGCCGUUCACCGAGGCAGAUAAGGGAGCGUUACGGCCGGGUGACAAGGGCUGGAUUCAGCGGGCUCGCGUACCGAUGCCGUCCGAUAAGGAGUACAUCGUGCGACCGAAGUCUAAGGUCGAAACCGACAUGACCAGUAUUCCCAAGAAGAAGCUGAACCGCUACGAGAAGCAUCUGAAGAAAUUCAUCGACCAGAAGAGACUGAACUCAACGCGCCGCGCUGUAGACAUUUCCAUCGAAGGGCGCAAAAUGGCCCUUUAAAUACCACGGGUUUCGGAGUGUGUCUCUCAUCCUCCACAUCCUUCUGUUUUAUUUAACCUUAUCACGGUGGACAGCAUUGGACCAACCCGUUUCGGGGACAUCCUUGCGUACGUCUACAGCUCAUUUACGUUGAAUUGGACUUUAUUGGGCGCACAGAAGCAAAAGAGAGGCGUACCUUAUUCAUAUCAUUACUCUACCGGGGAUGGUACCGGGAUCGAACGUUGGUUAACUUACACACUCUUCAUUCCGCUAACUUUGCUCACUGAAUUUCUAAAUGGACCACUGGUCCAUUUUUACAAAUUUUUGCCGCAACUUUUCUAAACGCGCGCCAUCAGUAAUGUCCCAAAACAUCACAGACAUUGACUCUUUAAUGCCAACCUUCGACCCGCGCUAUCCACGUCCUUUUCUUUCAUUUAUUAUCCACUUAUUAAAAACGACAUAAAAACAGAUUCAAUCGAAUGUAUAACAAUAUCAUGAGUAAUUGUUUUUUCUUCACCACUCUUAUUAACGGUUCCGCUUGCUAUGAUUUGGAGAGACAAUAAAAAGUAUGUACCAACUGUUGUACA